UGCUUCUCUCCAAUUCUCCAGGAUUGCGCGCUGUUUUUGAUAUGCCUUGAAUAGACUGGGAAUAUAGCUGUGCAAUACAAAUUCCACUGUCAAUUCAAUUGUAUGUAUUUUACAUUGUCGGGUGUUGCCGGCGAGGUAUCCUGAACCGUUUGGUCACUCCCUAACUUAAAUAACUCAGAUUCCCGUAAUUAAAAGGGUCCCCGAUCAUCGCCUGCAUUGAAUAUUUAUCCGUCAUUGGCUUUUGUGAAGACACUGACCUCAAUUAAUAAUUUUGCUACUGUCCGCCUUCCCACCUACAUUAUGUCUGCAAGACACACAGCUCUGUCACUUUAUCGACGUGCUUUAAAACUUUCACUUGAUUGGGCUGUGCAUCGACAGCUUUGGCGUGGCCAGGCAGUAUAUAUUCGUUCUCUGUUUGAUGCAAACAAGGACGUUCGAGAUCCCCGCCAGCAAAGGGUUCUUUUUCAGGAAACAGAGAAGCUGCUGGAAAAAUGGAAACAUCCUGAUCCAUACCGCCCUCCGACUGCACCUGGUGGGUCAAAAUAUGAGAGAAAUCUCGAGGCACCUAUCUUGAACCCGCCCUUGUCUCAAAGUCAGGAAAUGGCCCAACGCGUCGCUUCGCAUCAGUAUUGAUCGCUUGAGAGAAGUGCAACUUUCCAUGCAAUAACAAGGACCGCUUGAUCUUCCGUUUGGGAAGCUGUUUAAUUUCAAAAUGUUAAACCAAUCUCUGUCCCGGGCGAACUUUCAUGUUUCCUCUUUGAAAUGAUCAUUUCCAAAGUAUCAAUAAGCUUUCAGCGAGAAUGGAAAGAGAUAUAAGCAAUUGACUUAUUUUAAAAUG